AUGAUGGAAACACCAAAUGAUCUCCGCUUGUCGGGACAAUUCUGCGACGCCGUUCUCCAAGUUGAGGAUCGUCAGUUUCCAAUCCAUAGAAUCAUCCUUUCUGAUUUCAGUACUUACUUCCAAGCUCUUUUUGUAAACCAGAUAACCACAGACAAGGUUUUCCACAUAACCCAUGUGUCAUCUGACAUUAUGCAGAUCAUCAUUGAGUUUGCAUACACCGGCUCUGUUACUAUGACGAAGGACAAUGUGCAUGAGUUGAUGGUCGCAGCUGAUAUGCUCAACAUAGUAGGCAUCAUACAAGCAUGCUCCAGCUUUAUCAGUGAGCACCUCUGCCUACAGAACUGCAUCGGCAUCUGGCAUUUCACAGAUACCUGCCCCAGCGACGAGCUGCGAUGUAAGGCCUUCCACUACAUCAUGGUGCACUUUGAUAGGGUGAUUAACUUUGAAGAGUACCUGCAGCUCUCUGUUCAGGACCUCGUAAAAAUCCUUGGCAAAGAUGAACUCAACGUGAAGAGUGAGAGGACUGUGUUUGACGUCAUCCUGCGCUGGAUCGCCCACAUACCCAAAGAACGAGAAAAACACCUGGCUAAGCUUUUGUCUCAGGUGCGACUGGGCAAAACAAGCAUUGGGUACAUUGAGAACAACGUGAGGACUAACCAGCUGGUGAAGCUCAACCCUGAGUGCCAAAAAAUAGUCAACCGUUCCUUCAAUAUAAUGUCGUCAUUAACCAAACACAUAAACAAACCCUUAAGGUCGUGUUUGAGUGACACUCCUGCCCGUCCUCGUCUGCCUAAUUCCGUCAUCUGGGUCUCUGGAGGCGAGAAAGAAUGCUAUGCAUCUCGCGAUAUUGAGGUGUACGAUCACCUUGUUGAUCGCUGGCGUUACAUCAGAGACAAGCUGAAAGAUCCUCGGUGCGAUCAUGGCACCGCCUUCCUCAAUGGUUAUGUCUACUUUGUCGGUGGCUAUAACUUGAUGGAGAGCUUAAACAGCAUGGUCAGGUUGGACCUGAAGACACACACCUGGCAGGAGAAGAUGCACAUGUACUUCCGACGUCGGCACUUGAGCUUAACCGUGCUGAAUGGGUUCAUCUAUGCCCUCGGAGGCUAUAAUGGUCAUAAUAGCCUCAACACUGCAGAGCGCUACUGCCCCGAAGCCAACAAGUGGACGCUUAUUGCACCCAUGAACCAGGGUAGGAGGAGUGCAAGCUGCGCAACACUGGAUGACAAGAUAUACAUUUGCGGUGGUUUAACUACGCAUUAUAGCACGAGGACAGCUGAAUGCUAUGAUCCAGAGACCAACCAGUGGACACUGAUCAACAGUAUGAGCAUCAGUCGAAGUCAACACAGAGUUGUUGCAUAUAAUGACCAAAUCUAUGCAAUCGGUGGUCUUAAUAAUGUAAACCCUCUUAAAAGCGUUGAGACCUAUAUGCCCAUGACCAACACCUGGAGCAUGCUGUGCCCCAUGUGGAUCCAACGAAGGAACUUUUGCCUCGAGGUGAUAGAAGACCAGUUCUAUGUCGUUGGGGGCUCCAAUUCCAGGACCAAAAAAAAUUAUCACGCAGAAGUCUAUGAUCCUCACACGGACAGGUGGUGUUCCAUCUCUGACUCAAAUAUGUCCUACAAUGGCAUGAGCUCUUGUGUUGUGUCCGGAAUCCCCAACAUGGUUGACUUUGCUUUCCUUCGAGACGCUCUACCACGUUUCUAA